AAGGGCCUCAUCCUUGCAGAGACAGCUCAAUGUCAUCAGUAUACACAAGGUCUUAAAAGAUCUACAUUUGAAUCUUCAUGGCAUGAUUAACACCCUCACUCAGACGGGGAAGUAGCUCAGUAGUUGGUGUGGGCUAGUUCUUACAGAACCUCCACUUCCUGAUGCAGGGUGUACGAGAUGGAACUUCGUCUGGAGACUCCACUCAAGUUCCAACAUCCCUGCUACGAGGUCCUCACUUGGUUCGCUGCUCAAAAUCUCCUGAAGGAAAUCAAAGAGGUGAGGAGCAAUGGGGAAGUCCCUGCUAAUUAUCUGCUGGAGGGACUGAAAGAGAUGGCCUUUGUACUCGGCUCCUGGACUCGGACCAAAGAAAUACUGCAGAAGCAUCAGUCACAGAUACCUCUCAACCUAAACCAUGGCCAGCUGAUAGAACAGCUCUCCGGGACCGUCUCCAAACUAGAGGUGUUGGCCCAGCAGGAGACUGACCGGAGCAAGGAGCUGCCGGGAGGGUUUGGCUCUCCCCAGAAGUCCCCACGCAAGUCCCCCGGCUCAAAACUGAGGAGCGAUUUGCAGAAGACGGCUCUGACUAUGAGACUAGCUACCUCUGCCAGUCAUGUCCUCACGACAAAAGAAGAUGAUCAGAAAAUAUUCAUGAAAUUAUCAGUGCCGCAGACAAAGAUAGUGUCCAGUUCAUCGAACAAACACCCUUACCCUGGGGGUGAGGACUCUACCACCGAUACAGGAGGGAGGGAGAGGGGGGAGAAGGCAGGAAGGGAGGAGGUGGUGAUGGCUAGUGGCCACAGGAGGAGAGAGAGUGGGGGAGAAGGAGGGAGGGGAGGAGAAGGGGAAGCCAAAAGGAGAGCUGGGAGAUUGAACAGGAGGACGAGGAAGAAAUGUAUGAAGGAGGAUGUGCAACGUAUGUUGACGAGGAAGGUGAGGAGGAUUCAGGGAUGAUGGGAGAUGGAGGGUCCACACAAGGCCACAAGAGACGCUCUGAUGAAGACGAUGAUGACCUCUGGAGACCUCAGGGUCCGGUUACACUGGUGAAAGGCUCCGUGGCCAGCACUUCUCGCAAGAAGAGGAACGUCAGGAAACAUUCGUUUGACAGAUCUCUGUCGGCCAGCUCAGCCAAGAUGGCCAGAGUGGACGACGACAAGAAACCGACACCAACACCUCCCCCUGUUAGUCACACGUACAUGACCGCAGCAACAGUCUUAGUGAUGUAAUUAUGUACUAGCUUCUGGGAGCUUUCCACUGAAUGAAUGUGGGGAGUAGUGCAUACUAGUUUCCGAGAAGACUGCAAUGCUAUUGAAAGUGCUGGUGCAGGAAAUACUCUAUAGCCUCCCUGAUUUCUAUGUUGUUUCCCAUGUUAUUUUAUGCUUUAUACUAGCAUGAAACUUCAUGGGGGGAUACGGCAAGGAAAUUUUGUAGGGGGGCCAGUAACCACCAAACUUUUUUUGCGAAAGUAUUUUUUGCUUCUGAAACACGUCCCUCUUAAAAGUUUCCAGCUAUAGUGAAAAGAAUUUACCUUGGUAAGCACUUACCAUGCAUGGGUAGAGUGUAUGACUAGUCUCCUAUGGUUUGUUCUCCACUGACAGCAGUCUGGAGGGAGGGCGGGGCUGGUAGGAGGGGCCAGGGCCACAGAUCCAGUUCUGGGAGGAGGAUCGCUGGCUGUGAGACCCGAGACCACAUCCUUCAUCCCCACCCCCUCCUCCUCAUCCUCCACUGACUCUCCUCUCUCUCACAACUCACAGAGAGCCAGAGCUACUGGUGAGUGGGCCCUAUAGUUGGCGAGCGAUAAUUAGA